CAGUAUUUUUUUUAAGUCAAAGGCGCCUCUACCGCCCUCUGAUGAACCCACCAUCGACGGCUACAAAUACGCGCGCGCUUUUGUCGCUGGCCUGCUCUCAUUUUUACAGCGGAACGAGUGACCACCAUGCCCACCGUUUCCAGCACCACCUCCACCAUCUCGAGCUCGGCUUCAAUCUCCACCCCGAAGGUUCGGUGCUUCGACCCCGCCACCUCCAGUCCCGCGACCUUCCAUCACCGCCGUCGCUCGAUGAACCACAGCAAGUGCUCCUCCGAUUCGCCCGGCGCGAACGGCGGCGCCAUGGCGGCGAUCGCCGACCAGAAGAUCGUCAAUGGAGAGGCCGGCUACGUCCUCGAAGACGUCCCUCACUUGACCGAUUACUUACCUGACCUCCCUACAUAUCCCGAUCCGUUGCAAGACAAUCCUUCCUAUUCAGUAGUCAAGCAGUAUUUUGUUAAUAUGGAUGAUACGGUGGCCCAAAAGAUUGUCGUUCAGAAAAAUAGCCCGAGAGGGACCCAUUUUCGGCGAGCUGGACCUCGGCAGAAGGUAUAUUUUGAAUUAGAUGAAGUGCACGCCUGUAUUGUAACAUGUGGGGGACUGUGCCCCGGCCUGAAUACUGUCAUUAGAGAGAUAGUGUGUGGCCUGCACCACAUGUAUGGAGUCAACAGAGUUCUUGGUAUAGAGGGAGGUUACAGAGGUUUUUAUGCACGAAACACAAUUACUUUGACGCCCAAGGUUGUCAAUGACAUACAUAAACGUGGUGGAACUAUUCUUGGGACGUCAAGAGGAGGCCAUAUCACCUCAAAGAUUGUUGACAGCAUAGAGGACAGGGGCAUCAAUCAGGUUUACAUAAUUGGAGGAGAUGGAACUCAGAAGGGUGCUUCAGUUAUCUUUGAGGAAAUUAGAAGGCGUGGCCUGAAAGUUGCAGUUGUUGGUAUUCCCAAGACCAUCGAUAAUGAUAUUCCGGUUAUAGACAAGUCUUUUGGUUUUGAUACUGCUGUUGAGGAAGCACAACGAGCUAUAAAUGCAGCUCAUGUUGAGUCUGAAAGCAUCGAGAAUGGAAUUGGCGUUGUAAAAUUAAUGGGUCGCGAUAGUGGCUUCAUAGCAAUGCAUGCUACUCUUGCUAGUCGAGAUGUGGACUGUUGCUUGAUCCCUGAAUCCCCUUUUUAUCUUGAAGGCCCUGGUGGUCUUUUUGAAUACAUUGAGAGAAGACUCAAAGAGAAUGGGCAUAUGGUCAUUGUAAUAGCUGAAGGUGCAGGACAAGAGCUCCUAUCUGAAAGCAUGCGUACCAUGGAACAGGCAGAUGCUUCUGGAAACAAGCUACUUCAAGAUGUUGGCCUCUGGAUUUCUCAGAAAAUUAAGGAUCACUUUGCAAGGAUGCAAAAGAUGGCAAUAAAUCUCAAGUAUAUAGAUCCCACAUACAUGAUUCGUGCUAUUCCCAGCAAUGCAUCUGAUAAUGUGUACUGCACUCUCCUGGCUCAUAGUGCCAUUCAUGGUGCAAUGGCAGGCUAUACAGGAUUUACUGUUGGCCCUGUCAAUGGGAGACACGCUUACAUUCCGUUCUAUCGAAUCAUUGAGAGGCAGAACAAGGUCGUGAUUACAGACAGGAUGUGGGCAAGGCUUCUGUCUUCGACCAAUCAGCCAAGCUUCUUGGACCCAAAAGAGGUGGCGAGGAAAAAGACGGAAGAAACACAGGAGCCAAAGGCAUCACAUGAUCGACUGGAGGCAGCAACGGCCGUGCUAAUUGUGUAGAGCACCUGCCAAAAACUUAAUGGCUGCCUAAUUCGAGGUUGUUCCUCCAGGUAGGAAGAUCUGGAAACACCGAGUGUUGUAUAUAUAUUAUCCUCCUACAGUCCUUGCUCGAGGAUGUAAUUAUGUAGAGUUCCAUUACCGAAUGCUUGAUAACGAUGCUCGGUGGCAGAUGUAUUGUUGUGGCCGAUGAUUCUCGUGAGGGAUGUAUAUUGAACAAGGGAAAUGAUGGUAAAGUAAUCACCACACGAAGGAAGAUUUCAUGGCUUGAAUUUAAAUUAAUUGCUCAUUUCUGUCUU